AUGCACUUCCCGAUGUACACGGUGCCGUUGCAUGCAGUUCUGCAGAUGGUCGAAGUUGAGCCGCACGAAGAGCUGAAGGCCAAAGGCCUGGUUAUCGAGUUUGACAAGAACCUGGGAAAUGCGGCCUUCGUGUCGCACCAAUGGCUGGGGCGUGAUAAUCCAGAUCCGCAGUUCGAGCAGUUUCGGGUUCUCCAGCAAGCGCUACGCCAUGUGAUGCACAAUCUGGACUUGGUGCCGCUGGAUGCUUAUACGGAGACGAUUGUGCCGCAGGCCAAGCCAUUGCAUACAUCAGUGCUUCGAGCAAAGCUCCUAUGGAUUUGGUAUGACUAUUUCUCCUGCCCGCAGCUGGAGGCCGCGCUAAGCCAAGGUAAACACAGCUGCAGCUUGCUACGAGCUAUUGACAGCAUCCCUGCCUACGUGGCCGAGUGCUCCUUCUUCUUCGCUCUCUGCCCGAUUAUCGAGACACAAGACGGGUCCAAGUUGCGGACGGCAUCCUCCUGGAGCCAGCGUGGCUGGUGCCGUCUUGAAAGAGUUUGCCGGGAGCUUUGCCAGGACUCAUCUUGGAUCAUGGUGAAAG